AUGGCGUCCCACACGCUUAAUGCGCUCCCUAUGGAGCUUAUCGUCUUCAUCGUCGAAAACCUCGACAAUGUCGCCGACAUUGCUGCGCUCGCCCAGACGAACCGACGUCUCUACAGCACCGCGCAUCCUCUUCUUUACAAGCGCGCUGCCCAAUGUGGUGAUGCGCGCCCACUAGCCUGGGCCGCAAGACACGGCCUCAUGUCGACACUGAAGAUGGCGCUGGACGCUGGCAUCGACCCAAAUCACGAGUUUGUGGAGCGCAUUUCGGCCGAUGAUUGGGAAAGGGCCUGUGUUGUCGCUCAAGAAAAUGUGGUCAAGAACCGUGGGGGAGAGCUCUGGGAUCCUGUCACCAGGAAACCUUGCGAGUCCAUACCACCGACUUUGCCCAGGACCGGAGGAGCCGCUGAAAUCGACGAGAUUGCCAAGCCGAUUCGCACAUCAGAAACAGCUCAGUUACCUGCCACACCUUCUGUUACCAGUCAGCCCUCAUUUACCCCAUUUAGCAGGAGUUUCACGUUCCGACCUAGCCUUGCGCCACAACCUGUUAAAUCGACCUCUAGUCCUAAUUUAGUGACUCGCCGUUACCGUGCCUUGCAUGUGGCCGCUAGCCGAGGGUAUAAUGACAUUCUCCUUAAGCUUCUUGACGCUGGCGCAUCUACCAAUGUUCCCUCCGAGCGCUUUUGCUCAUGUGCUCCAGCAUACGGCCUGCUCAAUGCCCUCGAAAACCCUGAAGAUGACCGCGAUCCCCCAAGCUGGUCACCUCUCCACAUCGCCAUCUGUCACUCGCACGAGGAGACCGCCCAGUUACUCCUCGAGCACGGCGCUUCGCACAUGAUGGAGCAUUUCAAUAUGACCAACGCCAACGACCCAGACAACCUCGGCUACGGCUCAACAGCUCUCCACCACGCCGCUGGCAUGGGCCUAACCAAACUCGUUGACUACCUCGUCACAUCCAAGAUCCAAACUAACAUUGACCCGCGCGACGACCGCACGCUGACCCCCUUCUACCACGCCUACGCCCAAAGACGAUGGGACACCACCAUCCCGCAACUCUUGUCCCUCGGCGCCAGCGUCGAAGUCGAGAUCAAGAUGUACAUUCCCUACUCAGCCAUCACCCCGUUCGGCGAAGCCUGCCGACUCGGUCACUUCGCUGUUGCUGACCAGCUGUUGAAGCUGGGCGCCAAUCCCAAGCACGGCUUCGUCACGACGACCGUCAAGGGCGGGUGUCUGACGCCGCUGCACAUGUGUUGUAUGCAGUCGGCCGUCCCUGUGGGGACUGCCCCGCCCACUGCUGCCGCUGAGGAAGGGGUGGGCGAACGGGAGGGUGAGGAAGAUGAGGAGAGAGAAAUGGCUAGGAUGAGGAUUAUUGAGAAGCUGAUCUCUCUCGGGGCGGAUAUCAAUGCUAGGGAUUGCUUUGGCAACACGCCCCUUAUGGCAGCCAUGCAGUGGAAGAAUCGGGCAGCAAUAAAGGCUCUGAUCAAGGCUGGAGCCGACCUGAAGGAUUGCGCCACUGAAGGGCGUGAGGCCUUGAUUCAGGAAAUUAAGGCUUCAUUGAAAAACAGUGUGGCGACAGCUUCCUCAGGGCCGUAG